AUGCGAGUGUAAUUCAUAUAAAUGAUGAACUUGUGGAGAUUAGUGCGAAAGGAGAAUUCGCAGCACUUUUGUGCACAUCACAUAGCAAAGAUUUAAUAAUUUAGGAAGACUGAAUGUAAUUACCAGCGACACAUGAGUAGCACAGAAAAUAGAACCGAAUGGAUUGCAGUGGAAAACGACGGUAUACAUGAUGAAGAAAUGCGAGAAUUGCCGCAGAAGAAAUUCUACCGACAAAGGGCUCAUGCUAACCCGAUUAGUGAUCAUGAAUUCGAUUAUCCUGUUUUUCCUGAGAAGAUGGAUUGGAAAAAAUAUUUUGGGGACUUUAGCGAAGGACGUCAGGUAGAGUUUGUUGAUGUUGGUUGUGGCUAUGGGGGUUUGCUAAUUAAGCUUUCUGCUUUGUAUCCGGAAACUCUGAUGGUUGGAUUGGAGAUUCGAGUGAAAGUUAGCGACUAUGUGCAAGACAAAAUUCGUGCCCUACGCCUUCGAGAACCAGGAAAUUACCGAAAUGUGGCAUGUCUUCGAACGAAUGCAAUGAAAUAUUUACCAAAUUACUUUCGUCGACAUCAGCUUACUAAGAUGUUUUUCUUGUAUCCAGAUCCGCAUUUUAAAAAAGCGAAACAUAAGUGGCGAAUUAUUACACCAACUCUACUAGCUGAAUAUGCUUAUGUUUUGAAACCAGGAGGAUUGAUUUAUACGAUAACGGAUGUUGAAGAAUUACACAUCUGGAUGGUAAAACAUCUCUCUGCUCAUCCUUUAUUUGAACGUCUAACCGAUUUAGCAAUGAAAGCGGAUUCAAUCGCAGAAAUGCUUUACGACAGCACAGAAGAAGGACAAAAAGUAACACGUAACGAGGGGUCGAAGUGGCCUGCUGUAUUUAGACGGUUACCUGACCCUGAUUUAUCGUCGUGACAGUAAUUAUUAUGUUUGCAAGAUGAAUCUUGCAAUAUAUUUCAUUUUUGAUGAUAUAUUAUUAAUUCUCGAAGUCUGGCGAUUAGUGUUCAGUAUCUGGAGGAGAGUCAUUGGCAGUGAGCAUUUGUGGUUGUAGCAUUGAUGAUGAUUUCUGCAUGCUAAUCUUUUCUCAGAUGUAAUUGCUCUUUUAUUCCUUUUCGCUUGUUGAACAAGUAAGUAAUAAGUCGUGGAAUAUGGAACUGAGUGCCCGAAAACACUUUAUUUUAAUAUUUUAUGCUUGUUCCAUCGUUGCUAUUACUGUUCUUUUCGAUUACCUUGUUAUGAUGUAUCCAUGUCCUGAACUUUUCGAAACCUUGGAAUAAAGCUGGAUUUUGCGAAAUGAAUUUUAUCCUGAG